AUGACGAAGACAUUUAAGGGUUCAGAAGUCUCAUCCCACAAUACACCAGAAUCUUGCUGGGUAUGCAUCAAUUCAACCGUCUACGAUGUAACGGAGUUUCUCCCCAACCAUCCUGGUGGAUCCAAAAUCGUUCUCAGUCUCGCCGGUAACGUUGACGCUACCGAAGAAUUCGAAAUGAUUCAUCCGCCCGGAACCCUCGAAGAGAAUCUCGACGCCUCCAAAGUCCUCGGCAAGAUUGACGCUUCGGAACUAAAACAACCGAUUGAAGAGAAAACAAAGAGUUCUCCUGUUGAAGCGGCGGGCUCAAAAGAUAACGAUGAAGAUGCAAUUGAGGUAGAUGCGGAUGUCAAGACCCUUCUCAAUCUCGACGAGAUUGAACAAUUGGCCACGAAGAAGAUGUCAAAUAAAUGCUGGGCAUAUUAUUACUCAGCGGCAGAUGAUCUUUGGUCGAAAAGCUUCAAUAAUGCAGUAUAUCGACAGAUUCUCCUGCGACCACGAGUCUUUGUCGAUUGCACAAAAUGUGAUUCUUCCACCACGAUACUGGGACAGAAAGUUGGAUUGCCGAUCUUUGUAUCGCCAGCAGCAAUGGCAAGAUUAGCCCACCCGGCUGGUGAACAGGGCAUUGCAAAGGGAAUUUCGAACUUUGGUGCGGUGCAAAUUGUGUCGAAUAAUGCGAGCAUGACCCCUGAACAAAUUGUAGAGGGCUCACUACCAGGGCAGAUUUUUGGUUGGCAGUUAUAUGUGCAAAAUGAUAGGAAGAAGAGUGAAGCUAUGCUGCAGAGGAUUAAUGCUAUGAGUGAUAAGUAUAAGUUUAUCGUUUUAACUCUAGAUGCGCCAGUGCCGGGAAAGAGAGAACAUGAUGAGAGACAGAAGGAUGUCGGAGCUAGCCUACCUGUUUCUUCAGGAGUAAAAGCCAAGGAGAAUGUGGAAGAUAACAGCCCGCCGGCUGGCAAAGGAGGGGUAGGAAAACAAUUGUUCAUGGGAACAGCCGCAGAUUUGACUUGGAAAUCUACCCUGCAGUGGUUGGCUAAACAUACUAAAAUGCCCAUUGUCUUGAAGGGUAUCCAAACCCAUGAAGAUGCAUAUCUAGCAUCGCAAUAUGCACCACAAGUUAAAGGCAUUCUUCUUUCAAACCAUGGAGGAAGAGCAUUAGAUACAGCACCACCUGCUAUUCACACACUUCUUGAGAUCCAAAAAUACUGCCCAGAGGUUCUCAGCAGGAUAGAAGUUUGGGUCGAUGGUGGCAUUAAGAGGGGUACAGAUGUAGUGAAAGCUUUAUGUCUUGGAGCUAAAGCUGUGGGGGUUGGCAGAGCUGCAUUAUUUGGUCUUGGGGCUGGUGGUCCAGAGGGUGUUGAAAGAACGUUUGAGAUCCUCAAAGCCGAAAUGGAAACUUGCAUGAGACUUCUAGGCGUGGAGAAGAUCAGUGAGUUGGGUCCCAAACGUGUUAAUGCUAGAGCGGUUGAAAGAGACUUGUAUGAUGGUCAUCCAGGCUUGGAGAAAUUGGGAUUGUGGGUAAAGGCCAAUUUGUAG